AGACUCAGAACUGAAGAGCCUAAGAAAGAGGAGUCUCCGUUGUUCCGGCUUCCGCCCGAAUUACGAAACGAGAUAUAUCGGAUCGCUUUCAUCCGUUCGACCGUUACGAUCACCGCUAAGGCGGUCUAUGGCUAUACCUGUAGCCGUUCUAGAUUCCGCUGGAAGCGCAAGAAUCUGACUUUCCAAACUAACAUCCAGAGACAAGGACUGCAUUUCAUCUCCUCAACUCUCGCCGAUAUGGCCUCGUUGCCGGUCGUCUCAAUCUCGACCGGUGGGAUCCAACGACGGGACAGCCAGGAUUCAAACACCUUGCCGGACAGGGUCUGUCUGAGUUCUUUCCUGCAUACCUGCCUGGGGAGAUUCGAAACAGCAUCUACACACUUCUUAUCGAUGCUUCGUACUUGCAAAAAAGUGUUGUCUGAAGCACGUGGCAUCGCCUACUACCAAACAUUCGAAUUUUGGGAUGAAGACGCGCUUUUCGUCUGGCUACGCGACAUUGGCCCGUACAACAGAUCGCAUCUCUGCGGGAUUAUCUUAUAUGAACUGCGCACUUGUCCAGACACGGUUACCCACAACAUGGUAAUGAGUCGCAUCGCUGCAAUUCUUGAUAACUCUCCGAAUCUCAAGAAAAUCGAGGUGGUCGUUAUUAGAUUCGACGGCGUGAUCGACUUCAGCAAGCGGCUCAAGCUUCACAGAGAUGGACAGCCAAAGCUGCUGGUCACUGAAGCCCGGCACAUAGCUGAAUGGGUGUUCUCAUUCUUCCGCCCCCUCCUGUGUAGUCCUUCCUUCCGCAAUGGGGAUCCUCAGCGGUUAUCUUCCUUGUUGGCGCUUGACAUGCAUGCUUAUUGGCUCUACGGGCAAAAGGCUGAUUUUCAUCGAUCGAAUUGGACAAAAGAGAUGGCGGACGAAGCAGACGCCUCGUUCUCUGAGCAUCUGGAGCUGCUGCUCGAGAGAAGUCGGAAGAAGAAUCUCCGUCGUCGCCAAAAGAAGCUUCAACGACUCGGCUGA